UUGUUUGAAAUUGAAAUCCGAAUCUCAGAUUGGAGUUGAAGUCCUUGGGAGAGAUCCGAUUCUCUCCUGAUUUCCGUUUCCAUGGCGAUUCGGUGGUCGGAGCUGUGUAUCGUAUUGUUCGCUCUUUCUUAUGCCAUUUGCGUCCUUGCCGGGAAGAGUUACUACGAUGUGUUGCAAGUUCCGAAAGGUGCAUCUGAUGAACAGAUCAAGAGAGCUUAUAGGAAACUCGCUUUGAAGUAUCAUCCUGAUAAGAAUCAAGGAAAUGAGGAAGCGACUCGCAAAUUCGCUGAGAUCAACAAUGCUUAUGAAGUGUUAUCGGAUGAGGAGAAGAGGGAGAUAUAUAACAAGUAUGGUGAGGAGGGGCUUAAACAGUUUUCUGCAAAUGGAGGAAGAGGAGGUGGAGGCGGAGGCAUGAAUAUGCAGGACAUUUUUAGCUCGUUUUUCGGUGGAGGUUCGAUGGAGGAAGAAGAGAAGGUUGUCAAGGGUGAUGACGUGAUUGUGGAACUUGAGGCAACUCUGGAAGAUUUGUACAUGGGAGGCUCUAUGAAGGUAUGGAGGGAAAAGAAUGUGAUAAAACCAGCUCCUGGAAAGAGAAAGUGUAACUGCAGGAACGAGGUCUACCACAGACAAAUUGGUCCUGGAAUGUUCCAACAGAUGACAGAGCAGGUCUGUGACAAAUGCCCUAAUGUCAAAUACGAACGGGAGGGAUACUUUGUGACAGUUGAUAUCGAGAAAGGAAUGAAAGAUGGAGAAGAAGUGUCUUUCUAUGAAGACGGUGAACCCAUUCUCGACGGUGAACCUGGUGACCUUAAGUUCCGAAUCAGAACUGCACCACACGCCCGUUUCCGAAGAGAUGGCAACGAUCUACACAUGACCGUUAACAUAACACUGGUUGAGGCGCUAGUUGGUUUUGAGAAAUCAUUCAAACACUUAGAUGAUCACGAAGUUGACAUCGGUUCCAAGGGAAUUACAAAGCCGAAGGAAGUGAAGAAGUUCAAAGGGGAAGGGAUGCCACUUCACUACAGUACAAAGAAAGGGAACCUCUUUGUCACUUUUGAGGGUGUUUUCUUAAAAAUGUCGGUGCAAGGAGUAGUAUCUCCGAUGAUUCCGGUGGGUCCUUCUUCUUUCAUACGCGCCAUCGGAGGCUCUGUUGAGGAGAAAUCAACGGCUGGUUCUCUGCCGCGUUGGGUUUCACGUCGUCGUCCUCGUCCGCUUGAGUUUCUUCGGAUCGGUGGUAAGAGAGAUGAGAAGGGAACAGUAAGAGACGACGCCGCCGUUUCGUUGGAGAGAGAAGACCGGAACGGAAACGAUAACGGAAACUGGGUAUUGAAAAUUUUGGAGGUUGGAUCAAUCUGGAAAGGGAAGAGACAGCGAUCAGGUGGCGGUGGAGAAGAGGACGACGAAGAGGAAGUUACUGAAUCGAAGAAGGAGAAGGAAGAUUUAUGUGAGGAAUGCGAUUUCUGUAGGAUCGAUGAUGAUGAUGAUGAUGAUGAUGAAGAAGAAAAGGAGGAGACUGUGUUUGGUAGAGAAGAGUUCUCUGAGAUGUUAAGCAAAGUUCCUGUUGAAGAUGCUCAGAUGUUUGCCAAAUUGUCGUUUUUGGGGAAUUUGGCUUAUUCAAUCCCUAAAAUCAAGCCUGAGAAUCUGUUGAAAUAUCAGAAACUGAGAUUCGUGACUUCCUCAAUUGAGAAGAGAACGAGUCUUAAGGUUGAAGAGAACCACAAUGGCGAGGAAGAGGAGGAGAAGAAGAAGCUCAUCAACCCAGCUGUUGCUUACAGAAUCGCUGCUUCUGCAGCUUCUCGUCUCUUUUCCCAUUCUAAGUCUGUGCUUCCUUUUGGAUCAUCUAAACGUCAAGACAACGAAGAAGCUUCUCUAUUGGCAACUGCUGAUUCGGUUACAGCAGUUGUGGCAGCCAAAGAGGAAGUUAAGCAGGCGGUCGCCGAUGAUCUCAAAUCAAACCGUUCACCGCCUUGUGAGUGGUUUGUAUGUGAUGAUGAUAAAAGUGGCACCAGGUUCUUCUUUAUUCAGGGAUCAGAUUCACUGGCUUCAUGGCAAGCUAACCUUCUGUUCGAGCCUGUUCCAUUUGAGGACCUUGAUGUGCUUGUUCACAGAGGCAUAUACGAAGCUGCAAAAGGAAUAUAUGAACACAUGUUACCGGAAGUUCAUGCCCACCUCAGUUCCCGUGGCAAGCACCGUGCUUUUCUCAGGUUUAGCGGACAUUCUCUAGGCGGAAGCUUGUCAUUGUUAGUGAAUCUCAUGCUUCUGAUCCGAGGUCAAGUCCCGGCUUCUUCUCUGCUCCCGGUGAUCACUUUUGGUUCACCUUGCAUCAUGUGCGGAGGUGAUAGGCUUCUUCAGAAACUUGGUUUGCCUAAGAGUCAUCUUCUCGGAAUCUCAAUGCAUAGAGAUAUUGUUCCCCGAGCAUUCUCCUGCAAUUACCCUAACCGAGCCGCAAAUAUUCUCAAGGCAUUGAAUGGAAACUUCCGGAACCAUCCUUGUCUGAAUAACCAGAAUGUAUUGUAUUCUCCAAUGGGGAAGCUUCUAAUUUUGCAACCAUCCGAGAGAUUCUCUCCCCCACACCCUCUGCUUCCUCCCGGAAGUGGUAUCUAUCUCUUAACCUCUAAGAAUACUGAUGAAACAGACAAAAGUCUAAGGGCUGCAAAGAGUGUCUUCUUUAACUCACCACACCCCCUAGAGAUUCUUAGUGAUCGUCGUUCUUACGGGUCAGAAGGAAAAAUCAAAAGAAACCAUGACAUGAGCUCUUACCUGAAGGCCUUGAGGCAUGUGAUUCGGAAGGAGCUGAAGCAGAUAAAGGCUGAGCGGGAUCAAUGGCGGCGCAAGUUCUUUAUUAUAAACGUUUUACUUACUGGGAGAGAUUCUUUGAAACUCAUAACAAGAUUUGUGGCAUCAAGAAGUAGUCAACUAGUGAUCAUCUUCUUUCUCCCAAUUAGAUUGUUAAUUAUGAGUGUUUAUGGUGUGGUCUUUCACCAUUCACAAGCACAUUUUAGUUUCUUCAAGUGAAGAUUAGGCCUAUUCUGUAAUAGAAUCUAUCACACACAUCAAUUAUUUUCAGAAAAGACAGCAACUAUCUUAGUAUAAGAGAAAAAGGGAUAACAAAUUCUUUCAUGAUUU